AUGGACAUGUCUCCUUCGACGGUCGAGGUUUCGUCGGCGCCAACUGCCCCGAAUACCGAGGGAAGCGAUGCCCUCAGAGAUGCCGCCUCGUCGCAGGCAAGUCCAGCCUACAAGCCCCAGUUCUCCGCGUCCAGCUCAUGGAUACUCGAGCGGCUGAGGAACAGCGAGGAUGCACCGGACUCUUCAAAUGUCCCCUCGCUGCCUGUAUCUGCCGUAAAGGGAGAACCUGACAAUCUCGCGAUGCAAUCCACGCAGCCCAUGGCUUCUACGCUGGCCAUGCCCGAGCCCAGAGCCCAGCAACCCCUGGCGGGCGUGUCUGACAUUGCGAAGCGCUUGAUACACUUCCGCCCUCCCAGUCUGAAGAGAAAGCGCAGUUCAGAUGAUCUCGAGGCCGACUUUACUCAGAAUACAGUUCCCUUCCGCGUCCCUGCCCCGGCCAGGCUCCCUGAAUUGACCACCUCGUCACUGCACCUCAAGGAAGCGUCAGAGCUUGGCAGCGCCCGCCACUGUUCCAAGUGCGGCCAAAGCUCGCUCCCGUCCGAGGACAAUGCUUUCAUCGCAUGCAUCGGCUGUCAAAGUUGGUCACACCUGCAGUGUGCAUCUGCCACGACCGAUAUGGCAGACAAUGCAAACUACCUGUGCUUAGAUUGCAAAAUGGGCCCUGGAAAGGAGAAGCAAACUGGCGCCGAGUACGCGGAGGCGCAUGAACGUCAACUGUUAGUCAAUAGGAUUCGAAACAAACGGCUGUCCAAAUUGCCCGCCGGCGUCGUUCCAGCCAAGCCUGAGUUGGUCGGCUUUCUCGCGAAACAGGCCUCGGACUCUGAGCGUACGGAAUAUUUUUACAGCAAGAAGAGAAGGGACCUGCUCAAUAUCCUAUCACUCUGUGACCAGCUGAAGCCUCAACUACUCGUCGACAUCCUAGUCUCGGUGUCUAAGAAACACCCUGAUCUACCCAUAUUUGACGAUCCGGAUUGGAGGGCCAACUUGCCCAGCCGUGCCGCGCACCCAAAAUCCAAAUCGACAAGCCAGAGCGUGCGGGUGUUCAGCCAGCCGAGGCAUGGACUCGCUCUACUACAUGCAAAAGAAUCCCGAAAACCUAGGGGUCGCCCAAGGUUGAUGAAGCAGAACGCCGUGGCUGAGGCGGAGGUGGUGAGUGCCGAAAUAGCAGUCGGGUCUGCGGGGGAUGGAGGAGAAAACUCGCUCCCACCGACGUGGCCCCAGGCCGGCCAGGGGCUGUACGCCAAAUUACCCCCGGAAGACGAGGACAGGGAUUUUCUGGUGGACGACAACGACGAAGAGGCGUUCAGCCACUUUAUGGUGGACAAAAUGGGGAAGCAGAUGGUUGUUUCAGUCUGUGCUUGA